CGAAUUCCCCGCCUCCCAAGUAGAACAACACAAUGGACUGCGAAGACCUCUGCGCGUGCAUGAUGUGCGGUGCCCUCUGCGGUGCCUGCUGCGCCGCCGCCGACGACGAUGACCGCCGCCGCCAGGGCCCCGUCGUCGUCCAGACCGUCCAGCCCGUCAUGGUUGGCGGCCAGUACCCCCAGCAGCAGAUGUACGACCAGUACGGCAACCCCGUGUACAUGCAGCAGCAAGGUCAGCCCAUGUACAUGCAGCAGCAAGGCCAGCCUAUGUAUGCCCAGCAAGGCCAGCCCAUGUAUGCCCAGCCCGGCCAGCAAAUGUAUGCCCAGCCGCAGCCCCAGUACGGUGCGCCGGUCGCGCAGCCUGCCCCUGGCUACCCUGGUGCCAAGGUCUAACCGCCUUGCCCGCAGUUAACUCCUAUAUAUACCACGACCUAUUUGAUCUUGCGCGA